UUUGGAGACGGGCGGACGGACGGAGUCGUCGGCGCCGUGCGGGCCGGCCUGGGCCGGUCCAGCCAUUAUGGAGGAGGAGCUGCAGCAUUCACACUGUGUGAAUUGUGUCAGCAGACGGUGUAUGACUAGACCAGAGCCUGGGAUUUCUUGUGACUUGAUUGGCUGUCCAUUGGUUUGUGGAGCUGUUUUUCAUUCUUGUAAAGCUGCUGAGCAUCGACUUUUAUGCCCUUUUGAACGAGUGCCUUGUUUAAAUAGUGAUUUUGGAUGUCCGUUUAUAGUGGCUCGAAAUAAAGUUGCUGAACAUCUAGAAACGUGCCCUGCGAGUGUGGUGUGCUGUACUAUGGAGUGGAACCGUUGGCCGGUUAGUUAUGCAGACCGGAAAUCCUAUGAGAAUCUCAGCAGAGAUGUGGAUGAAGUAGCACAAUUAGAUAUGGCGUUGGCCCUUCAAGACCAACGAAUGCUCUUAGAAUCUCUCAAAGUAGCUACCAUGAUGUCAAAAGCCACUGACAAAGUAUCUGAUCCCAGAGAACAAAUCUCAGUAAAAUCAAGUGUUCCAGAAAUACCACAUCCCAAUGGCUUGAUAUCAGUUGAUGAAGAAUCUUAUGGUGCACUUUAUCAAGCUACUGUAGAAACAACCAGAAGUUUGGCUGCUGCUUUAGAUAUCCUGAAUACUGCCACAAGAGACAUUGGCAUGUUAAGUACAAAUCUUUGUACAUCCGCAAAUGAAAUGGAGGAAGAACAAAAUGGCCGAGAAAUCUUAGAGAACAGAAACUCAAAAGACCAAGACCAAGACCAUCUUUAUGAGAAUGAAAUUGGGGCAGUAGGUGGAAUUGAUCAUAAUGACACAAGUCUGAAUGUCCAGUCUGAACAGAACGGUUCAAGCGAUUUAUUAUGUGACUUGAACACCAGCUCACAUGGAACUUCUACUCUUUGUAAUGGCUUUCCUUUGGAAAAUAUAUGUGAGCAUGUCCUAGACCAGGAUCAGAAUUUACAUGGUGAUUCAAAGCAAAGUAAUUUAACAAAUGGAGAAUGUGUAGCAUCAGAUGACACUUCAGAUCCCUCAGGUUCACUUUCGGUAGCAGCACAACUUCGGGAAGUAAUACCAUCCAAUACCUUACCUAAUGGCACAGUUCAGCAUAUCCUCAUGCCCAGCGAUGAGGAUGAAGGAGAAUUGUAUUGGCGAAAAGUAGGUUUAGGGGACUUGAGGAAUUUGGACAUCUUACCUUUCAGUCAUACUCCUUCAUUUAAAUUUCUUUCUAAUUCAUGUUGGUCUAAGCCAAAGGAAGACAAAGCAGUAGAUACAUCAGAUUUGGAUGUUGCCGAGGACCCAAUGGGUCUCCAAGGAAUAGAUCUAAUCACAGCAGCAUUACUAUUUUGUCUAGGAGAUUCUCCAGGAGGAAGGGGCAUAUCUGAUAGUCGUAUUGUUGAUGGUUAUCACAUUGACUUCGGGACGCAGACUUUUUCACUUCCGUCUGCAAUACUAGUUACAAACACGAUGGUAGGCGAAAUAGCUUCAGCUUCAGCUUGUGAUCAUGCCAACCCACAACUUUCAAAUCCAAGUCCUUUUCAGACACUGGGACUGGAUUUAGUAUUGGAAUGUGUCGCCAGGUACCAACCCAAGCAACGUUCAAUGUUUACAUUUGUUUGUGGACAGUUAUUUAGAAGAAAAGAAUUUUCAUCACAUUUUAAGAAUGUGCAUGGUGACAUUCAUGCUGGACUCAAUGGAUGGAUGGAACAGAGGUGUCCAUUAGCAUAUUAUGGUUGUACCUACUCUCAGCGUAGAUUUUGUCCUUCCACGCAAGGAGCAAAGAUAAUCCAUGACCGACAGUUGAGGUCAUUUGGGGUUCAGCCCUGUGUUUCUACAGUAUUAGUGGAGCCUGCUAGAAACUGUGUAUUGGGAUUACAUACUGACCAUCUGAGUAGUCUUCCUUUUGAGGUGCUGCAACAUAUUGCAGGCUUUCUGGAUGGAUUCAGUUUAUGCCAGCUCUCAUGCGUGUCCAGGUUAAUGAGGGAUGUGUGUGGCAGUCUGCUUCAGUCUCGUGGAAUGGUCAUACUGCAAUGGGGAAAAAGGAAGUAUCCAGAGGGAAACUCAUCAUGGCAGAUAAAAGAAAAGGUCUGGCGAUUCAGUACUGCAUUUUGUUCUGUCAAUGAAUGGAAGUUUGCUGACAUCCUCAGCAUGGCCGACCACUUGAAGAAGUGCAGUUACAAUAUUGUAGAAAAACGUGAGGAAGCAAUCCCAUUGCCCUGUAUGUGUGUGACACGAGAACUCACUAAGGAAGGACGUUCACUUCGCUCAGUUUUAAAACCUGUACUUUAAAAACUGUAACUGCACUUGCUCAAAUAUGCAAGCACCUAGUACAAUUUUCUUUAUAAUAUGAAACACUUUAUUAAUGUAUUAAAUAUUACAGCUAGUUAAAUUUAUUGUCACAAUGUAUAUAAUGUUUUGAAGUGACAUAUAUUUUUAUAAAGUACUGUUUAAUUGGAAAAAGCUGCCUUACUGUUUGAAAUGUGUGAACUUGCUGGACAGGGGUGAUUUUAAUUCUUAGCUAUAUGAUCUUCAGAUUUGGUAUUUCUAAUGGUGUGCAUAUUUUGGUUCUUAAAUAUUUUGCUUCUUAAACUAACAUGAUCCUGACCAAACACGUAAUUCCUUGUUUUUGUGGUAUAACUCAUGCAUUCAAACAACAGAACUUUGAUUCAGAAUUUUUUCAACCUUAGUUUUUCAAGUAAGCAUUCAGUUGCUUAAGCAUUCACAUAAAAUCCUUGCAAAGUUUUACAGUGUUUCCAUUUUCUAGCGCUUCCCUUACUCUGCUUUCAUAAUAUUUGAAAUCAUAAUUAAUACUUGGUAAUGCCAUUUAUCAAGUUUUAAACUACCAGUAUUUUUGCUUUAUGUACUUAUCACUCUAAUACAGGUGUGAUCUUAGGCAGCUUUGUUUUUGAUGAGAUACUACGUACGGCCAAAGAUUCAUAGCAGUAUGUUAAAUAACAAUUGAUGCAAAAAAAAAAAGUCCUGUGAAUUUAAUUGGAAACUGUUCAUGGUAUUUACUAGCCACUUAAUAUUUGGAUAGAAGAAACAAUACCUCGUUUUAAGCAUGAAUUGGGUAUAAUGUGCGAAAAAGAUAUUCAGAUAUUCAGAAUGCAAAGGGCUUAACUUUUUAUAAGCAUUAAAAUUUUUUGUCACCUUGAUUUAAAGAUUAGUUAUGUUUUAAGUUUUAAAAUGUGAAAUUUGAUAUUGUAAGAUGACAAUCAUAAAAAGAAGAAAGAAACCUCCUUUUUGUUGACAAUCUCUAAAAUUUUUUUAGGUUAAUUUCCCAGACUUUUCUACCAAAACAAUCAUAUAUUUGUUUAAAAAAUCAAAAUAUAGCAAAAACAUCAGAAGUUUUGUUCAAAAAUUAUUUUAUUGUGCUAUACAAUUUGAUUUAACUAUUAAUCUGAUAUGGUCAAUAGAAAAGAAUAGGACUGUGAUAGUUCACUGGUAGAGCACUUGUCAUGCAUUUUUUUUAAAGCUCAGGAUUCAGUCACUGCACUAGGUGAUUGGAAAGAAGAAAUUACAAAAAAAUGAAUAUACAAGCUGUUGAAAAUAAAUCAUAAAAUGGGUAUCCAUACUUUAAUAUAUUUAUUUCUAGGUAAUUUCUGACAUCUGAAAGUAUGACUUGGUAGCAAGUUACUUUAUAACAAAACUUGAAUGUUUCCUCUUCCUAAACUAGUUCCUAAACGUGUUCUAUUGUUCAGAGGUUGAUUCCCAUAAAUGGCAAACAGGCUAGGAAGAAACAUUCCUUUGACAUUACAAACAAAUUCAGAAUGAUUUAUGACUUGGAUUAGACCUAGUCCUUAUUAUAGUCAAAAUAU